AAAUAUGAGGAAGGAAUUGUGUUUACUGGUCUUAUUUCUAAUUCAAAUAUUUGUUGCAAAUGCUUCAUCUGUAUCUAAUGUCCGUUUAGUCGACCACACUAGCUAUGCCAUAUCCAUUAUACAAGAAACGAUGCGAAGAGUUGAAAAAAGUUACUGGUGUAGUCUAAAAGUAGAAGAUGUGAUUAUUAAUAUAAGCGAAAAUAUACUAGGCGUGCCAACGUCAGCUGACGUUGAAUUUACCAACGGUUUCUUGGUAUCACUUCGAAGCAUAGAUAUAGUGAGGAGCACUGUGCAACAAGUAUGGUUGCCACUGAGAGCGAACACUACAACUGUCGAAGUGCGUGCUACGAUGAGAAUGCUUGACGCUAUUAUUGGAUUUGACGUUGCUGUCAAAAUGCAAAACGGAAUUUACCGAUCGACAGGAACGAUUCGGUACCCAGAAAUCCAGUUUCCAUUUGUGAUAGUUAAAAACUUAUUUACGGAUGACAUAACAGUAGGCGUGCGUAGUAAUUUGGUGAGAACAUCAAAUCUUAUGCAGUUUACGCCAGAAGACGAGAUAAACAAAAUCGCAACAGUUUUAUUUGACUGGAACUGCACAGCUGACAGCGUCUUAAGCUGGGCUACUGACAUAUUCGCCCCAAUCACUCUCGGCCUCGCAAUAAAUGAAAUUGAAUUUCCUAGAAUUUGCUACAAUUGCAAUGGGGCAAAUAAGCAGGAGGCUCACCUGAUGGAAAGUUCAAGGGCUUGCCUGGUUAAUCGCGACGGUUACAUUUUGAAUAUCAUUCAAAAUGUCAUCAGCAGACUAGAAAAAAAUAUCAAAUGGUGUAAUCUUAAAUUAAAUGAUGUAAACCAAGAAAUUAACGAACGUCUAUUCAAGUGGCAUGCCCAAGGAACAGGGAACUAUACUAAUGGAUUCCUCCUACAUUUUCGAAGUAUUGACGUAUCAAAUAUACAGAGCAUGUUUUCCACUAGAACAGUCAAUGGUUCUGUGGAGAACUUGGUGUCCGUGAACGGAUUACUUAAUUUUAGGAACGUCUACGUUGGGUACGAUGUUGUCGCCAACAUAGAGGGCUUUGAUACCCAAUACUUCACGGGAGUAUUCUCGUAUAAUUUUAUUGCAUUACGGUGCACGAUCGUUAAAAACUUACAAACUAAUGAAAUAAGUGUUACGACGACAGCCGUUUCAUCGAAUCCUGCUGUCCGACAGAUGACGUACAUGCCCCAAAACAGCAUAUCAGAAUUGUUAUCGAGAUAUUUUUUCUCGUAUCACAUUUCAUUUAGUCAAUGGGGAGAAAAUUACAUCGCACCACUUAUUUUGGAAAUUGCUUCAAAAACUGAAUUACCGGAAAUACGUUACGACAACAGAUGUUAAAUGUUUUUGAA